CCCAGCCCCGAGCCGGCAGCCACGGCCCGAAGGGGGCCCCGCGGCCCCGCCGCCCCGUGAGGCCUUCCCUCUGCUCUCCCAGCAUGGCCCGGGGCGCCGGCGAGGCGGCCGCGGAGGGGGAGCUGGGAGAUGACAGCCUGUCUGUGGUGACCUGCCAGUCAGAAACAACCCUGAAGUUAAAGAAGAAGAUUUUUCACAAACCUCCAAAGUCACCAAAGUCUCCCUACAGCUCCAGCACACAACUGUAUCCUAGAAAAGCUGCAGCUUGGAGAUCUCUGCAGGGAACAGGCAGUGCUUGUUUUGAGAAUGCAACUGUUGAAAACCCAAGGCAGAUGUGGCUGGGAAUUCUGAAACAAGGAAUGAGCCAUGCUCUGAAAUCAGAUGCUGACACGGGGCAUGUGCGAGCUAAUGUUUCCAGUAGCACUCCAGAGUAUUUGAAGGAAGCUCUAGGAAUGAAAAAGCCAAAACAUGCUCGUUCUUCCAGUAAUGGCUACGUUCCUGGAACUCCUGACUACAAAGAGAAAGAAGACAUGUAUGAUGAAAUUUUAGAACUGAAAAAGACAAUACAAGCUCAGAAGAAUGAGGGAGACAGAAUGAAGACCAAGCUCCGUCGCCUGGAAGAGGAGAACAGUAGAAAGGACAAACAGAUUGAGCAACUGCUGGAUCCUUCCAGGGGCUCUGAGCUGGCACGACCUUGGUCAGAAAAGAAGACUGAUAAUGGAUGGGUGGUUACUGGAUUAAAGCAGAAGAUUGUCAAGCUUGAAGAGCAGUGCAAGGAGAAAGACAACACUAUUAAUGAGUCCCAGGCAGAGAUGAAGACCAGUAGUUUGGAAGAAGUGAGGUUAGCCAUGGAAACCUACUAUGAAGAGGUUCAUCGCCUGCAGCUCCUUCUGGCCAAGUCUGAGACUAUGAGGAAAAAUGCAGAGGGCAGAGACACCCAGAAACGGCUGAAGGCCCUGAAUGCUGCAGUGCUGAGGCUCUCCAGGAACAUCAGGGAAAUGCAGGCUGAGAACCGCAGGCUGAAGGAGGACCUGGAUCACGUGCUGAGCACUUCCCCUCCUCUCAGCAAAACAAAAAAUUAUAGUGAGUGGGGCAGACAGAGGCUGGUGAAGAAGAUUUUGGAUCUAGAAAAAAAAGUGUGUGCCAUGGAGAGCAGCAGGGUGUCCUUAGGUGACAGUGAGGCAUCACCAGUGCUUCCUGAGUCAUCCUCCCAUUCUGUGGACCUGGACCAUCCAGCAUCCCAGCAUUUAGGUGAGGAAUGCUGUCGCCUCCAGAGGCAGGUGAAGAAACUGCAGGAUGACAGGCAGGCACUGCAGAAUCUCCUGCUCAGUAAAGAAUUAGAUAUCAAGCAGCUACUGCAGGCUAAGGCUGAAGUGGAGCUGGAGCUGCAGAAGUGGCAGAGUAAGAUGGAAGAAAAAAGUACAGAAGAGCAGACUUUAAGUGAGGAAAUCCAGAACCUGACACAGAAAGUAGGAAAACUGGAGUUAAAACUGGAGGAGGAGAAAAGACAAAUUGGAGAAGAUACAGUGGAAAAGCUUAAUAAGGCUCCUCCAGUCUGCACAGUGACAGGCAAAGAAAGUCACAGGAAAGAACAAGCAGCCAGAAUUAUCCAGAGAUACUGGAAGAUGUACAAAUCCAAGAAAGAAGAAGUUGCUCUGCAUGAGGCAGUUGUUCUGCUCCAGGCAGCCUUCAGGGGACAUUUAUCUCGGCAGAAAGUGCUGCUGGAUGCUGGGGAUGCUGGGGUGCCUGAUGCAGAGUCUCACACCGAGAACUCCUGCCUGUCUUCCAUGUCAGACUCCUCGAGCUUUUCUUCUGAUUGCAAGGAGAGAGAUGAGAUUGUGACAUUCAUCCAGUCCAUUUUCAGAGCUCACUUGGCACAUACAGAAUCCCUUCAGGAGAGGCCCUCUGUGCCCAGUGCCCCCAGUGAGAAAGCAGAUCCUGCAGUUCCCAGCUCAGAGGAGAGACCAGACUCAGCAGCACUCGAGGAAUCUUCCGUCCCCACAUCUCCUCUUCCUGGCAGGUCCUGCUCUCCCCCGUGUGUGGCCCUGGACGAGGCUCACUCCGAUGACUCCGAUGAUGUCGUUGUCCCUCCCUUCCUGCAGGUGAAGAAAAGCCACACCCACCUCUAAGGUUUGCUAACAGCUCUGGUGGUCUGGAAUUGUUUGGUUCACCAACAAAACUAUUUGCGCCAAGAUCAAGCAUAUCAAAGAUGGAAAAAGGGGGAAUAUCAGCCCCUUUGAAAUGACAGUUCACAUGAUUUCAGCCACAAAUGAGUAAUUCUUUGACAUGUUUUCUCUUUAUGGCUAAAAGCCACUGACUGACUGUUAACCUUACCCUCCUGGUACACAGAGAGUUUGGAUUUAUAAACUCAACCAAAACACUUCCAUGUUUUUAGUGAGGAUUAUAAAUUCAGUUGCCACAUUUAACUGAAAGCAAUAAAGCCUUAAGAUACUUAAUGCCAAACAAAGUUUUGUUUCAGGUCAAUAAAUCAAUUUGUUUAAUCAGAAAGUGGUACAUGACAUGACUCCAGCUUUUAGCCCGUGUAUGAAAGGGGUACAACUGGUAUUUGUUAUCUGUGCUUUACUAUUUAAAAUUUUUACUGUAUCAUAUUUUAAUAUCUUUCUUUUUAUUUUUAUAUUGAACAUUUACAAUCUGUGCAGAUCUGUUAAAGGCUUUUAGAAAGCCAUUUCUUUGCCAUAUGACUAUUCAAGUAUUCAAGGCCCACUGUAUCAGCUGGGUUUUCUUAUUUAUUGACCUUUUCCUGUGUAUGUACAAUGACAUGUGUGGUACUGCUUUGUGUUGAAAUGUCUGAUGACAUAAUCAGCUUUUGGGAUUUGUCAGGGCAGGUGUGUAUUAGCAGCAGUGUGCUGUGAAGGGAUACACCUGUGAGUGUUUUUUCUGCUUAAAAAGUCACAAAUUG